AUGGGCAGUCCCUUGUCAACCUUGGUGAAAACCAGCUAUACAUUGAGAUGUUUAUUUCCCUGCAGUGCUGCCAAACUGCUGGACAAGAACCCCUUCUCGGUCAGCAACCCGAACCCUCUGCUUCCUUCACCGGCCAGUCUCCAGCUGGCACAACUGCAAGCCCAGCUCACCCUCCACCGGUUGAAGCUGGCACAGACAGCAGUCACCAACAACACCGCGGCUGCCACAGUCCUGAACCAAGUCCUCUCCAAAGUGGCCAUGUCCCAGCCUCUCUUCAACCAGCUGAGGCAUCCAUCGGUGAUCAGCGCCUCUCCCAGUCAUACCGGGGUGCCUCAACAUGCUGUAACCAUGCCCAGUGCCCGCUUCCCAGCAAAUACAAUUGCCUUCUCGUCCCAGGGCCAGACACGAGGCCCCGGACCCUCUGUGAGCCUUCCCAGCCAGGCCCCCAGUGCCGUGGUGAUGCACCCUUUCCCCGGGGUGGUGCCUCCUACUCCUGCCCAGCCUGCGGUUCUCUUGGGCAUUGGCAAGGCUGCAGCUGCUCCAGCGGCUGCGGGCUUCUAUGAGUAUAGCAAGGCCAACUUGGGCCAGACGUUCGGCUCAGAGACAGAUGGGCAGCCCAGCUUCCUGCCAGCCCCAGCCGGUACCUCGGGCAGCGUGGCCUACGAAGGGCACUAUGGCCACUCAGGACCAGAUGGCCAAGCAGCCUUUGCCAAAGACUUCUAUGGGCCCAGCUCCCAAGGCGGGUCCCAUGUGGCAGGCGGGUUUGCCUCUGAGCAGGCCAGUGGUCUGAAGGGCGAGGCGGGCUCGCUGCUGCAGGGCGCCAGUGGCCAGUGGGAGGGCACCCACGGGUUCUCUGGCCAGAGCAAGCCUGAGCUCCUAGCAGGCCCCAAUCUGUGGCCGCCGCCCCCCACCCAGACCUACGAACUAUAUGACCCCGAGGAGCCCACUCCUGACAGGACCCCUCCUUCCUUUGGGGCUAGGCUGAACAAUAACAAAGCUGGCUUUGGAGGGGCCAGACCACGGGCCAAGGACGAUCAGGUCAUGCUAUCCAUGAGGCCCCUGCAGGCGCAUGAGCUGAAUGACCUGCAUGGCGUGGCCCCCCUCCACCUGCCCCACAUCUGUAGCAUCUGCGACAAGAAGGUGUUUGACUUAAAGGACUGGGAGCUGCACGUGAAAGGGAAACUCCAUGCACAGAAAUGCUUGGUCUUCUCAGAAAAUGCUGGAGUCCGUUGUUUACUUGGCUCUGCAGAGGGACCGUUGGUAAAUUCUCCUAACAGUACAACCAUGUAUAGCCCUGCGGGGAAUGAUGAAUAUGCCUCAAGUCUGGGGACUUCCUAUGUGGCAGUUCCAGCAAGGCCGUUUGUUCAGUCCAAUCCUGCAUUGCCAUCAACUUCUCCAGGGACAAACUUUGCACAGAGGAAAACAGGUGCUGGCCGCGUGGUUCAUAUCUGCAAUCUCCCUGAAGGAAGUUGCACUGAGAACGACGUCAUCAACCUGGGGUUGCCCUUUGGGAAGGUCACUAAUUACAUCCUUAUGAAAUCUACCAACCAGGCCUUUUUAGAGAUGGCUUACACAGAAGCUGCCCAGGCCAUGGUCCAGUACUACCAAGAAAAAUCCGCUGUAAUCAAUGGUGAAAAGUUGCUCAUCCGGAUGUCCAAAAGAUACAAGGAAUUGCAGCUAAAGAAACCGGGGAAGACCGUGGCUGCCAUCAUCCAGGACAUCCAUUCCCAAAGGGAGAGGGACAUGUUCCGGGAAGCAGACAGAUACGGCCCUGAGCGGCCUCGGUCUCGCAGUCCCAUGAACCGGUCUCUCUCCCCACGCUCGCACACUCCCAGCUUCGCCUCCUGCAGCCCUCCGGGCCCUUCUCGGACCGACUGGGGCAACAGCAGGGACUCUUGGGAACUUUCUCCCUUUGCCAGGAGGGAGGAAGAGCGGGACCUGGUGCCCUGGAGGGAGAACGGGGAGGACAAGAGGGACAGGACAGACACUUGGGCCCACGAUCGCAAGCACUACUCCCGGCCACUGGACAAAGCCGAGCUAGAUGAGCGGCUGGAGGCCGGGAGGGGCCACCGAGAAAAGCACCCGAGGUCUGGGUCGCCUGCUGCUCUCCACUCAGCAUCACUGGGCUACAAGGGCCGGGAAGAUGGCUACUACAGGAAGGAGCCAAAGGGCAAAUCGGAAAAGCAUCUGAAGCAGCCACAGGAUUUCCCGGGGAGGUCGAGGCGGAAGGAUGAGGCCCGGCCCUGGGAAAGCAGACACCCCCACCCUGAGGACUCCUGCAAAGAAGAUGGGCAGGAGGCGAAGGGCACUCGGGCCCCUGAGGGCGCCAGGUCUAAGCAGAAUGAGAAAAGCAGAAUUAAGAGGCCUGACAGAGACCAAGAAGGAGCUGAUGAGAGAAAAGAAAUCAGAGUGGCCAAGAAUGAGGCUGGAAAAGAGGAGGAGGAAGGCAAGGAGGAAGAGUCCACAUCAUUGGCCAGGCAGGAGAGAGAAGCAGAGACCUCUGACACAGAAAACAUGAGGGCAAAAAAGGAUGAAGACUGGGAGAGCGGAAGUGAAGCAGAGGGAGAGAGCUGGUACCCCACGAAUAUGGAGGAACUGGUCACAGUGGACGAGGUGGGGGAAGAAGAAGAUUUUAUCAUGGAACCAGACAUCCCAGAGCUGGACGAGAUUGUGCCCAUUGACCAGAGGGACAAACUCUGCCCAGAAAUGUGUCCCUGUGUGACGGCCUUAGAUCUGGGCUUAGCCAAGGAUUCCACCCAAGAGGGACUCAAGACUUUAGGGAACGGGGCUGCGGAAGUGAUCAGAGAGCUGCCUACUGCUCCCACGCGCCAUCCCGGGGACAUGGACGUGGAAAUGCCUGGCCUAAAUCUGGACGCUGAGCGGAAGCCAGCUGAAUGCGAGACAGGCCUCUUGCUGGAGGGUUCAGAUUGCUACGAGAAGCGGGCAAAGGGAGAGGAGAGCUCAGAUGCUUGUCCGGCCCCUACAGUCCAGCAAAUGUCUUCCCCUAAGUCCUCCCCUAAGCCCGCCGAGGAGACAGCCCGGCAGCCUAGCCCACUUCUCGAUGACCACAAGGCCAGGGGGAGCCCCGAAGAGGGGGCUUGUGAAGGCAGCCCCUUGGAGGAGAAAGCCAGCCCUCCCACCGAAACUGACCUCCAAAGCCAGGCUUGCUGCAGAGUGUUGAUCCCGGAAGGCUCCAGGUUCGGGGAAAUGAAAUCUCUGGACGUGAGGUCCCCAGAAUACACUGAAGUGGAGCUGAAACAGCCCCUUUCUUUGCCUUCGUGGGAGCCCGAGGAUGUAUUCAGCGAACUUAGCAUUCCUCUGGGGGUCGAGUUCGUGGUACCCAGGACUGGCUUUUACUGCAAGCUGUGUGGGCUGUUCUAUACAAGUGAGGAGAUGGCGAAGAUGAGCCACUGCCGGAGCGCCAUCCACUACAGGAACUUACAGAAAUACCUGUCCCAGCUGGCAGAGGAGGGCCUGAAGGAGACUGAGGGGGCUGGCAGCCCACGGCCUGAGGACAGUGGAAUUGUGCCGCACUUUGAGAGGAAGAAGCUCUGACCAGUCCCUGUGUUGUUGCUGCUUUAUGGCUGCAGUGAGAGGAGGGCCGUGAGGGGGACUGUCCCUGGGGGCCUGUACCAGCCUCUGCACAAAAAAACCAGGCAAACCACAUGCUGCCUGGGUUUGUUCUCAGACUCAUAACAACCCUUGAUGUGCC